UAGGCCAGCAGAGUAUAAAAGACCAGAAGGAAACUGAGACGUUCAAAGGAGCGAGUUGAUUCAAGCCGGAGAACCACUCUGACAAGGGCUGACCUUUCAUUCUUCCAAGGAGCUUUUGCAAACCAAGGUCCAAGAUGAAGUACUACAAAUGUCCCGUGUCUUGGUCCAUGAGGAUCACAGCUAACGCCCAGAACUGCAGCGUCCCUGUCACUUGCAAAGGUGCAACCUCUCUGAAGCCAGCCCGGAGCGUCCACUUCCCCAACGACAUUGUUUUCCAAGACUACGUCCGACACGGGGAACUGGAAAGAAUUGGACGUUUCAUUCGAGCCAGAAGAGUCAAACUAGACACAAUUUACCUCUCUGGCAUGGCAGCCAUCCAUGAAGCUGUGCUGUCUGGGAACCUGGAGUGUGUGAAGCUGCUGGUCCACUACGGAGCAGAUAUCCACCAGAGAGACGAGGAGGGGUGGACCCCGCUGCACAUGGCCUGCAGUGACGGAUUUCCACACAUCGCACGCUACCUCCUGUCACUGGGCGCCGACCCAGAACUGGAGAACAACUGCGGGGAGAAGCCAGCUGAUCUCAUCGACGCGGACAACAAGGAGCUGCUGGAGCUCUUUGGGCUGACGGCCAAUGACUGAGAACCUCCAGCCUCAGACGCUUCUUCACACUGGUAUGAGAGCUGCUGCAGACGUCAGAGCCCCCACAGCAGCGAGCAGGAAGGCCACGAGUCUGGAGUGCUGAUUUAGAGCUGCCUGAACUCUGGAGGUGACAGACUGUUGGCGUUUGGUAGGAGAGGAGCUGGCUGCCCUCCCAGUAAAAGUUUGCAGGUCUCUGUUCUCCAGCAGCAUGAAUCUGCUGAAUCCUGUCAGUUCUCUGAUUUGGUUGAAAUUCUAAAUGUGGAAACACAUUUUGCACUUGUUUUUUGUUUUAAACUGGCUCCAGUAUGUAAAUCUGUUUACAGCCAGUAAAGGCUGAAGUUUGUUUUCUGUUCUUGAAGAUGGUACCGGUUACUUAUUUUUACUUACAAAGAAAAAUAAACUCAUUUAUUUAAGUG